AGGUCCGAUGGAGAAAGAUGAAACAAGACGUCCCGCAGUGACGCACCUUGCUUAGUACUCGUUCCCACGUUUGAUCUUUUCCUUCAUCAAUGUCUAGUCACUGCAGACCGGGACCUAUUGGGAUCCAUGUUAAGAUGGGACUUCAAGCAUCAUAUCACCUCAAAGUGCAUAUUACAAUCUCGUUGCAGUAUCAUCCGUACAUGCGACUUGACCCUUGAAAGUCUGAAAGUUCAUAAUUUCCCAGCGCUCUCCGAUGUUCAUGGGCCUUUUACCGAUUCCCUCGCAUUCCCUCGGUCACUCAAAGUUUUACAGCGCCGAAUUCUGAGUAAUGCCUCCAUACUUCGGGAACUGGGCCCGCCGUGAGCGCCCGUGCCUGCGCCCCUGGUCAGUCAGCUUGACUGUCGCUUGUAUCUCUCCCCCGAGGACGGACUAUAAAAGCACCUCUUGUCGAAGUACAGUUGCCUUCAGUAACAACAAUGCGCUUCCUUCCUCUGCUUCUCACUCUCUUUGCCUUCCCAGCUCUCAUCUUAGCUGGUGGUACUAUCACCUCGCCGGCCAAUGGGACGGUCAUCCUGCCCGGGCAAAGCUUUGCCUUCUCGUACGAUCCCAUGGCGGACUACAGCGUGUCCACCUACAACUAUACCGUCUUCCUCCUCACGAAGCUCCCCACCUCUCUUUACUCAUCUAAUGAGUGGUCCAGCGGGCACUAUUUCGGUCGUUUCGAUUACCCUAACUACCCAGCCGUUCCGUACCCCACCCAUCCUGCCCCAGCUAAUCUAACCAUGCCGGACUUUUCGCAACGCGUUGGGAGUGGGUUUGGUGGCGGCAUCAACAUUAGCGACGCUAAAGUUUAUUUGGCGGUCUUGGAGGAAUGGGCUACCGGAUCGGACAACUUCGGACUGACAGUGAGCCUGGCAAUCAACGAACUCAUUUACAAUGGCACGACGUCAGGUUAAUUAGUUCAUUCAAUGAAUAAUGAAUGUUUCGAAAUCUCUACUAUAAUGUACACUAUAUCUACAUUUAUUUAUUUAAAUAAUGUCUUAUGGUUU